AUGUCCGAAAGAGUCACUCUCUUUGUCUACGACCUGUCCCAUGGAAUGGCCAGGAGCAUGUCCCUCGGCAUAGUCGGUCGCCAAAUCGACGCUAUCUAUCACACGUCGGUCGUCGUCUUUGGGCGGGAGUUCUUCUAUGGACAGGGCAUUAUGAGCGCUAUCCCAGGAACUACACCCCACGGACAGCCCAUGGAGAGAAUUGACAUGGGGGAAACUGAGAUUCCACAGGAGGUGUUUAUGGAGUUUAUGGAUAACAUGCGGGAGACCUACACUGCAGACGCCUACCAUCUCCUUAACAACAACUGCAACAACUUUUCAAGCGAUGUCUGCCAACUGUUGGUCGGAAAGAACAUCCCAGACAGGAUCACAUCCUUGCCAGCAGACUUUUUGAACACACCUUUCGGGCAAUCAAUGCGGCCCAUGAUCGAAGGCAUGUUUGGACCCAGUCGACACACUCCCAGUCCUUCGCCUUUCGGUCCCCCAGCACUAGCUCCCACCUCUGGACUCUCAACAAACCCCUUCUCGGCACCAUCGGCAAGCACAGGUGGCGCCACUGUGCCCUUCAUGACUGACCUGUCACUGCUCAGGAGCACGAUCCAAAACAAUACCGCGACAGUGGUUUAUUUCACAUCGGCUACAUGCCCACCUUGCCGUGUCAUCGCCCCCAUCUACGACGAGCUGGUUCUCUCAAAGGGCAGUCAGAUCAAGGGUGUCAAGGUUGAUAUUGGAAUGGCGCAGGCGAUCGGACAAGCAUAUGAGGUUCGGUCGACUCCAACGUUCAUGUUCUUCCUCCGUGGUGAAAAGUUCUCGCAAUUCUCUGGAGCCGAUCAGGCGGAGCUCAGGAGUAGUAUUGAUUUGCUCAUCUACAGCGCACAUCCUGCUCACCCACAUGCGUCGCUGUCACUUCACCAGUACAAGGGACUCUCAGGAACACCCAUUGUCUUCAACUUAUUUGAUAAUGUUGACCCCGUGUUUGCCAAACUCAAGACCUUCUUACCUGCUGAGAAGGGUCUCACUGAAGCCGACACCAAGCAGCUGGACAAGAUUCAGGCAUGGCUCAAGAAGCGUGCUGCCGCCAAAGCCACCCAAACCCCAGAACCUACCAUGGGCGAGCUUGGACCCUCUUGGAAGCCUCUCUUGACCAAGAUUGCGUCGAUAUUGCCCUAUGAGAACCAGUUUCCAUUGCUGGACAUUCUUCGGAUGCUCGUUCUUCACGCACGAGUUGCAGAGGUGUACGCCAAGGACGGGAACCGGACAUUGAUCAACACAUUUAAGGCAGUUGCAACACAUGGCAACGAGGGGUCCAAACCUGCAGCACUAAUGACUCUCCGGAUUGCCUGCAAUGCCUUCAGCACUCCACUCCUGGGUACCUAUGUUCUUUCCUCUACAGCCCGCGAAUCAACAAAGCAGCUUUUGGUUACCACUCUGUUGUCGACAGUCGAUCAACAGCGUCAAACUGCUGCCUCGUUAGCAUUUGAUAUCGGUGUCAAGGUUGCGGAAUCGAGGAGCAAGGCCAAGGAUACUGCACACCCUUCUCUCGGAGGCGAUAUCUUGGAGGAGCUGGAGGAGGACUGGAACAUGGAGUGCCUGAGCGCGAUUGCGGCGGCAAUGGAAAAGGAGACCUCUGAGGAGAUCCUGCACAGGUUGGUGGCAUCAGUGGCCAACUUUAUCUACAUGGAGGAGGGUCAUUCUGGAUCAGUGUUGAUGAAUAUUUUGGGCGUGCCUGAUGUCUUGAAGGAGAAAGUGCAGAGCAAGGUUGUCAAGUCUGCAAAUGUUGUGGGGUUGUGCCAAGAGGUCCAAGAGAUGAUCCGGACGGCUGUCGAGGCGCAAUCUGCGUCGUCUUCGUAA